CGAGGAGGACAAGAAAAAGAAGUCGAAGAAGAAGAAGACAAUCCACUGAGACAAAACAAGCAACAAGACCCCCGUAAAGACCAUCAAGGCUGUGUUCAGUGGUUCAGUGUCGGUUACCAGUACCCGAAGCCUCCCGUGAGAUGUGAUCAUGGAACACAUGAUAAAAUGAGAACCCCCAUUCAAAAUGGUUACGUCCACGCUCCCUUCCUACCGUUUAGUCUUGACCGCAUUGCUGGGUCUUUGGCUGAGCGGUUGCGGGCGUGACGUCAGUGGCAAUGAGGGUGCUCCCACAUCCACCAUUACUCCCACCACCCAUCCUCAUCAUCUGAAUCUCCGGGAUUUGCCAUCCUCAUCCUCAUCUCUAUCAUCGUCGUCGUCGUCGUCGUCGUUCUCGUCCUCAAUAUGGGGCUCUUUCUUGUUGGUGACGCAAUGGCGGGGCUUCGUCUAUUUGGGUGGGGUGAACUUGAUUUAUCAAUUGGAUGCCUCUGAUUUGUCCGUGGUGGCUAACCUGACCACGGGUCCUGUACUUGAUUCUCGUCAAUGCCAUGCGAGCGGCUGCUCUAGCACGCCCAAGUCUUCGCUUGUCAGAACGGAUAAUGUGAACAAAGUAUUAGUCGUUGACGAGGAAAAUGAGCAGCUCAUUUGGUGUGGAUCUGUCUAUCAAGGGGCGUGUUCCCUUUCCCCAUUGUCAGAUAUUGGAUCAAAGCCCCCUCAAUUCAUUGCCGAGCCCAUUGCGGCCAAUGACAAUUUCUCUACCACCUUCGCUUUCAUAGGACCCCAAAACUACAACCCAUGGGAUCAAGGCAAUGUUCUUUAUGUGGGUACCACCUUCAGUCCGGUAGGGGGUGACUAUCGCCAUGACGUACCAGCCAUUUCCAGUCGAAAUCUACACAACCUGAAGUUUGCCGAGCACUCUUUCUCCAAGCAAUCGUUGCUAAGGAUUGAUGUAAAAUAUCGGGACCAAUUCCUGGUCGAUUACAUCUACGGCUUCAAUACGUCUACUCAUAUUUAUUUUAUUACAGUUCAAAAACUCUCCCAUUCUCCCGGUCAUGAAGACCGUGGUCAUCAAACUCGGUUAGCCCGUUUGUGUAUCAGUGACGCCAAUUUUGACACUUACAUGGAAACAACUUUACAGUGUCGUUUGUCUUCACCUGAGUCAUCAUCGAGUUUGCCCACAUUCGACCCAAGAGACAAAAAUCGGACGUUUUCCUAUGCCACGGCUGCCCAUUUUCACGACGAGACUCCCACCAGGAAGGUUGGUCCUACUCUAAUAGUGGCUUUUUCGCACAAUGCAUCGUCCAGCGCUUCAGUUCUUUGUAAUUUCAAUCUUCAAUCGAUCGAGACUAUAUUUGAGACGAACAUUCAUGAAUGCUUGAAUGGAACUGUGAAGGAAAGAAACUUGGAGUACAUCUCGGGACCAGUGCACGAGGGAAAAUGUUUUGGUACCGACAAUCCAGGCAACAUUGGAGACUUUUGUGAAAUGGGUCUCAAAAUAUCCGGCCGCCACGCAAUAGAGGCGGAAUCAAAGCAAUUUCUCAAUGAGGUCAUCUUUAGUAUGACAUCCUUGGAGCGAAAAGGGCAAUUAGUUGCGUACGCCGGAACUCAAAGCGGUAAAGUGCUCCAAGCGCCCAUUAAUGGUUCUGAUCUUGCUGAAGUGUUCACUGCCAAAUUGGUCAAGCCCAUUUUAAGGUUACUGUUUUCCAACAAUGAAAAGUCCCUUUUCAUUUUGCAAAGCCAGAGUUUAACUCGAAUUAACCUUGAAAAACAUUGUAGCAACCUGCACCUAAAGUCAUGUGAUGCUUGUUUAGCCACAAAAGAGUUUUUCUGCGGGUGGUGCUCGAUGAACAAUGUGUGUGGCGUGGAAAGCUCUUGUCACGCGGACAAUUGGCUUCUGUCCGGAGUGUCCCAAUGUAUCACUUUAGACCGCGUUGUUCCAAAAGCUUUGUCAGCAAGUCCGCCUCAUGACAGUGUGCGAUUAAUUUUGAAGUCUUUACCUUCAUUGUCCACCACAUUGUCUUCAUUUCAAACGUCUCUCAUAUCAACUUCGUCAAACAAAGUUUUUAUGUGCCACUACAGCGUGGAAGGUGACUUUUCCCAGUUAAGUGCUCCAGCUACCGUUAACAGUCAAGGAUUCACUUGUCCCAAUCCCUUAAAGAUGCGAUCCGAUUGGCCUGUGGGAAAUUUCACAAUCCGUGUGAACUUUGGCCAAAAUGGUGUGACCAUUGUCUCGUCUAAUAUGGUGGUGUACAACUGUAGUGACUUCGACUCAUGCUCAAGCUGCCUUAAAAGCGGAUCAAAAUGCUCGUGGUGCCCCCUGACUCACGAAUGCGCCGAUGUGACAAGACCACCAAGAUAUAGUGCUGAAUGCUCGAUUGGAACAGUGGACCAGGUUUGCCCUUCCGUAUCGGUCCCCGCCAUACUCGUACCUCAUGGAAUCCGGCAUACCAUUCACAUCCCUUUUUAUCAUUUGCCUCAAAUUUACGAGAGGAGAAAUGUAGAAUUGUUUUGUUUAGCUACAAUUGAAGGCGCAUCAAUGAUAGUAUCUGCCGUGAUCCGAGCCAACGUGGUCCAAUGUGAGCCAACUGUUUAUGUCUUCAACGAGGAGCAACCUGUUCUGAAAGAAAAGCUCUCUGUUGUGACGAAAUCAAACCAAGUGUUAGUACAACUCGAUUUGGAGCUGUAUAAAUGCUCGUUAUUAGCACAACAUGGCAGGAGUCAAGAUUGCUCCUUGUGCAGGUCUUUAGCCUCUAGAUAUGACUGCAAAUGGUGUGACAACGUUUGUGUUAAUGGAGAAUGUAAGGACUCGCGUCACUCCCAAGAGAUUUGUCCAGCUCCGGUUUUGAAAUCAUUGGUUCCAACUAGUGGUCCCAUCCAAGGUGGGACGUUCAUUCUCUUUGGUGGAAUUAACUUUAAUGUGGACAAAAGCGAAGGACGUCACAAUGCGAAACUGAAGAAGUUGUUUUUAGGCGACCAGCAAUGCCUCAACGUGACUGUUGUCAAUAUCUCAACUGUAGCUUGUGUUUCGCCACCCAUGGAUCAAGCUGGCCGAGUGAGCAUUGGGUUUGGCGACGACGCUCAAUCGUCCCAUGUCAAUGAAUUAACUUUUGAUUACCUCGACGUGGCCCUUAGUCGAGCUCAUCCUACAAAAGGACCAAUCUCUGGGGGCACUCUAAUAUCCAUCCAAGGUAGAAAUAUUGAUGCAGGACAUAACACAUCCGUGUAUUUGGAUGAGAUGAUCUGCUCUAUUGUCAGGAGAUCACGGCCAUUCAAGAAUGAACUCAAUGAAGCACUGAUUGAAUGUGAAACACCCCAAGUGCCAUAUCCAAGAACAACUAAGAGCCUAAAAGUUGUGAUUGAUGCUGCCGUUGCAGAAAUACCUUUUCAAUUUGAAUUCGCGCCCAAUCCCACAAUUCAACGGAUUAAGCCACUGAAGGCUUAUAAGCACGGUGGGCGAUCCAUCACUUUUCAUGGGGACGGAUUUUGGGUGUUAAAUCGCGUUCAAAUGUCAGUUUUGAUGAAUGGAAAUCAAUCCAUUCUAUCUCCACCAUGCUCUGUCAUUUCUAAUCGUUAUGUCGAAUGCACCUCUCCACGGAUAGUCACCGCUGACGUUUCCGAUGAUGCGAUCAUUACAGCUCAUGUUGGUUUAGUCGAUGAUGGAGCUCGUGCUAUUCAAAAGUUAAACUCUUGGGAGGAGAGUAUUGUGCAGUUUGUUCCGAAUCCAAAACUAGUGUCAUGGCGCAACCCAAUCAAACUCUACCCUGGAGACAUACUGGUGUUGGAAGGACAAAAUCUCGCCCAAGCUGCUCAUAAAGAUGAUUUUGUGGUAUUACUGAAUGAUUCUGCUUGCAAUGUGACUACUCUCACUGAUUCUCACUUAGCUUGUGUCCCUCCGUCAAGUGCACCAGACGGUUCUACGGAAAAAGUUCGAUUAUUCUCGGUUAAAGUCGUGCUGUUGGGCCAAAUGAAUUUUACCUUAGGCCUUGUAAAGCUCCACCUAACUGAUGAAGAAGAACUUAGCAGCUACGCCCAGUUCGAGGGCCUCGUGUCUCCGGAAAUCGUUGGUGCAGCUGGAGCUGCCCUUGCUCUUUUGACUUUCAUCAGUGUGGUGUUCAUUUUAAUCUUACGUCACAAGUCCUCAGAAAAGGAGCGUGAGUACAAACGGAUUCAGAUUCAAAUGGAUCUCUUGGAAAACAACGUGAGGUCGGAAUGCAAACAGGCUUUUGCCGAGUUGCAGACAGAUAUGUCGGAAAUGAGUGCUGUUGAUAUAAACCGAAGUCAGGUUCCCUUCUUGGACGAAUUUGAUUCAAUCGAUAGGUUUCUUCAAGUGAGACCUACCGGAAGUAUUCCGAGACAUGCCAAGAUCCUGCCCAAUUACCACUCUGAGCCUAUUGCUCUUCGAUUUCAAAAGCUUCUAACCGAUGGGUUUGGCUUGUCCCAAUUUGUCGACAUGUGCGAAUAUCAGUUGAACCCGGAGGAGCAGAGGGCGAUUGCCAAUAGCUUGUCCAAAGUUUUACUGUGCCACAUGCAUUUGUUUGCCCAAUUAGUGCGAUCCAGAGCAUUCAAGCUAAUUGAUCUGAUGGAGGCAGGAAGCCUAGGUGAUUCCAAUUUGAAUGGUGGGAAUCACGGAGACAUUUUGAGUAAUCAUCUUUGCUCGAAUUGGUUAACGGUCUGUUUGCAGAAGUAUUUACGAGAAUCUAUAGCUCCAUGCCUCUUCACGUUGCAACAGGCCAUUCGUUGCCAAGUGGAAAAAGGGCCCAUUGAUAUGAUGACAAAUCUGGCUAAAUAUUCUUUGUCUGCAGAUGGCCUACUACAAACUGUGAGCCCCUAUUCGCACAUAAUUUGUUUGGUUCUACAAAGAGACCUUGAGGAUGCCUAUGAGAUUAAAGUUCUUGAUUGUGAUAGUAUUUCACAGGUGAAACGCAAGAUCCUAGACCAAGUGUACAAAUCCACUCCGUUCUCCUUAAGACCAACAAUUCUAGAUGUGGAUUUGGAGUGGCAGUGCAAUGAAGAGGCUCAUAUAAUACUGCAAGAUAUUGAUCUCACGUCCAAACAGCUAGCCACGAGUGCUGAACGGCCUGGCUUUCGUCAACCAAUUACUUUGGUGAAUAAUCUUCAGCACUACGGCGUGGGAAGUAAAGCAGUCGUCUCUCUAGUGCCCAAAAUUCACAAGAAACUAACGUCCCCGGCACCUACUUCACACCUUCAGGAAAACGGCAUGAAUCCACACCAAGAGCAUCUUUCGCCAAGAUCUCCCACUAGUCCAAUGAUAGGCAGAAGAGCUAUUCCCGAAGUUUAUUUAACUCGCCUUCUGUCCACUAAAGGCAUUCUCAGCCAUUUCAUCGAUGACUUUUUUGCCUCCACCGUAACUUUGCCAACCAGGUUUCCUUGUGCUCUAAAAUGGCUUUUUGACGAGAUGGAUUCGUAUUGGUUGGCUAAACAUCAUUCACGAUCAUCCAGUGGAACCAGUUUAACAGCAGUUUGUUGUGCCAAGACAGAAAUCAUGUUUCAACAGUUUUGGUCCAGACUACCGGAAUUGACAGAGAGUUUGUUCGACGUAGAACCUAAUCACGUUUUGCGCAAGAAUCUCCAAGUUCUAUCGCAUGUUCUGGGUAGCUUCUCUCAACAGACAGUCCAUUUGGGAAAUGAAGCAUCACCUCACCUAUUGCUUUUUGCAAAAGAAGUUGCUCAAAACUCGGCCAGAAUUACAAAUUUUUUCAAGGAUAUUGAAGAUCUUCCUCAAAUGCAUGAACAGGACUUCCUGCACUUCAUGGAUCAUCUGUCGUCAUAUCAUAGUGGUCGAUUCUCCAGUCAUGUGGCCAUUGCAGAAUUGAUUGAUCUUUUCAAAACGUACUAUCCAAAACUUGGCUUGAAAUCAGAUGGAGACUUUGUUGAGUUUUUAAGAAACUUGGAAAACGUCCAGCAAUAAAGGGAAUAAUUUCAAGAAUGCCGUUUGUUUUCUUUGAAGCUUAAAUAAAGCAUAUGCUUGCA